GUCGGUGAGGAGGAGCUGAACCGAACCGAAGCGGUUUAAAGUGAAAGCGAAAGCUGAGCAGCGCCUGUUCAGCGAAGAGAAUCCUAGACAGAGAAAAGCUCAGAGGUUUUACUGAAGAUCAACACACACCGUCUACCGAGGAGAACAGCGAGAACCACACUAAUCUGAGAGGAACAGCUGCUGGGUUCUGUUUCAGGUUCUGCUGAAAGGAUCUAUUUGAUGACGUCAGAUAACUGAAGCUAAGCUAAGCUAAUGCUCAGGUAGCCUAUCAACCGAGAGAAAUGUUGGAGCUUUUGGGACAUCAGAGCUUUUUUAUUCUUAUUCAGACAGACUACUCUCACCUGAUCUGAGCUACAUGAAGUCCAUGAAGAGUCAGUGAUCCACCAUGAAGAUCCAGAGAGGAGGACAGUUCUACUGAGAGAGCAGCAUCUCCAGUGUCCUGCUGUGUGUGGAGAGUAAACCUCAGUGAUGGAGCUUCAUCACUCCAGCAGUGGAGGAGGAACCUCUGAUUCAAAAGUGAAGCGUGCAGGACCUCCAGAACCCAGCUCUGUGUCUUUGAAGAGGGCCCGGUCCACGCCUCAUCCUCAUAAUUUCAGUGGAGGAGGAGAACCCAGCUGUGUGUCUAUGAAGAGUGACCGGUCCAUGCCUCAUCCUCAUAAUUUCAGUGGAGGAGGAGAACCCAGCUGUGUGUCUAUGAAGAGUGACCGGUCCAUGCCUCAUCCUCAUAAUUUCAGUGGAGGAGGAGAACCCAGCUGUGUGUCUAUGAAGAGUGACCGGUCCAUGCCUCAUCCUCAUAAUUUCAGUGGAGGAGGAGAACCCAGCUGUGUGUCUAUGAAGAGUGACCGGUCCAUGCCUCAUCCUCAUAGUUUCAGUGGAGGAGGAGAACCCAGCUGUGUGUCUAUGAAGAGUGACCGGUCCAUGCCUCAUCCUCAUAAUUUCAGCGGAGGAGGAGAACCCAGCUGUGUGUCUAUGAAGAAUGACCGGUCCAUGAUGUUACCAGCACAGUCCAGUGGAGGGAGAGGAUCCUCUGACUCAGGGCAGCACUCCACACAAAGAGCACUGCAGAUAAAUACUCUGGCAGAUAUUCACCAGCCAGUGGAUGAUGUUCUUCGCAGAGUCUUAGACAGACACAAAACCAGCAUGAAGAACAAGUACGAGAGUUUAUUUGAGGGAAUCAAAACAGUAGAGAAUAAAACCCUCCUGAACAGGAUUUACACACAGCUCUACAUCAUAGAGGGAGAGAGUGAAGGAGUGAAUGAAGAACAUGAAGUUCUACAGAUGGAGAAAACAUCCAGGAGACAAUUACAAGACUCUGCAAUCAACUGCUUAGACAUCUUUAAAACUCUACAAGGUCCUGAAGGAGAAACACAAGAAGAGAACAUUAGAGCAGGGAAGGCUGACAGUCUCAGACUCAAAGAAAGAAAAGAAGAUAACAGACAGAAAGAGCCAGAGCUCAGAAGUGUUCUGACUAAAGGCAUCGCUGGAAUUGGAAAAACUGUCUCUGUGCAGAAGUUCAUUCUGGACUGGGCUGAAGGAAAAGCCAAUCAGGAUGUAGACCUCAUGUUUGUGCUUCCGUUCCGGGAGCUGAACUUGAUUAAAGAGGAUCAAUACAGUCUUCAUGGACUUCUGUGCGACUUCUGUCCUGAGCUCAAAGAUCUGGACCCAAAGAUUUAUGAUCAGCUCAAAGCUGUGUUUAUAUUUGAUGGUCUGGAUGAAAGUAAAAUUCCAAUGAGCUUUAAACAGUGUGAGAAAGUAACUGAUAUCACCAUGACAUCAGCAGUGGGUGUGUUGAUGACAAACCUCAUCAAAGGAGAGCUGCUGCCAUCUGCUCUGAUCUGGAUAACCUCCCGACCUGCAGCAGCCAAUCAGAUCCCUCCUACAUACAUCAACCGUGUGACAGAAAUUCUGGGAUUCAGUGACCCACAGAAGGAGGAGUACUUUAGGAAGAGGAUCAGUGAUGAAGACGAAGCCAAGAGAAUCAUCUCACACAUUAAGACAGCGAGGAGCCUCCACAUCAUGUGCCACAUUCCGGUCUUCUGCUGGAUCUCAGCCACUGUUCUUAUGCAAAUCAUGAAACAGCAUCAUACAGAAAUCCCUAAAACUCUGACUGAAAUGUACUCACACUUCCUGCUCACUCAGAUGAACAUGAAGAAUGAGAAGUUUGAGAAGAAAAAGAGGAGAAACCCAAAGGACCUGCUGAAGUCCAACAGAACCAUUCUUCUGAAACUGGCUGAACUGGCUUUCAAACAGUUGAUGAAGGGCAAUGUGAUGUUCUAUGAAGAGGACCUGAGAGAGAGCAGCAUAGAUGUUACUGAGGCCUCAGUGUAUUCUGGGAUUUUCACUGAGAUCUUCAGGGAGGAAUGUGUGCUUUACGAGAGGAAGGUCUACUGCUUUGUUCAUCUGAGCUUUCAGGAGUUCCUGGCUGUUGUUUAUGUAUUUCACUGCUAUGAGAGCAACAACAUGGAGGAACUGCAGAUAUUUAAACCACAGUACAGUGAGUGGUCUCAGAAUGUUCCUUUGGAUGAGGUUCUGAUGGAAGCAGUGAAUAAAGCUGUAGAGAGUCAGAAUGGACACCUGGAUCUUUUUCUCCGUUUCCUGCUGGGCAUCUCACUGGAGUCCAACCAGAGACUCCUACAGGGUCUACUGACACCAACACCGAUCAACUUAGAGACACCCAUAGAACACAUCAAGAGAUUAAUCAAAGGAAGUGAAAAUAAACAACAUCACAUGUCCACUGAGAGAUCCAUCAAUCUGUUCCUCUGUCUGUCUGAAAUGAAUGACCAGUCUAUCUCCAGAGAGAUUCAGCAAUAUCUAAACUCAGAGAGACACUCAGAGGUGAAGCUCUCUCCUGAACAGUGUUCAGCACUAGUGUAUAUGAUUCUGAACUCAGAGGAGGUUCUGGAUGAGCUAGACCUGAAGAAAUACACCACAUCAGAGGAGGGUUAUAGAAGACUGAUCCCAGCUCUGACUGUCUGCAGAAAAGCUUGGCUAAAUGGCUGUUAUAUUACCCAAGAGUCUUGUGAAACUCUCUGCAUAACUCUGAAAUCUGUGAAAUCCCCUCUGAGAGAUCUGGACCUCAGCAACAAUAAUGUGCAGGAUUCAGGAGUGGAGCAGCUGUCUGCUGGACUGAAGAGUUCAUGCUGUAAACUGGAGACACUCAGACUAGUUGGCUGUAGUCUCACCACAAACUCCUGUGAAAAACUGUCAUCAGCUCUACAAUCAGUAAACACUCAUCUGAUAGAGCUAGACCUGAGUAACAAUGACCUGCAGGAUUCAGGAGUGGAGCUGCUCUCUGCUGGACUGAAGAGUUUACAGUGUAAACUGGAGACACUCAGACUCCGUAUCUGUGGUCUUGGAAAGAUUGCUUGUGAAAAUCUGGGAUUAGCUCUACAAUCUGCAAACUCCUCCCUGAAAGACCUGGACCUCAGCAACAAUGACUUGCAGGAUUUAGGAGUGGAGCUGCUGUCUGCUGGAGUAAAGAGUUCAUAUUGUAAACUGGAGACACUCAGACUGUCUGGUUGUAUGGUCACAGAUGAAGGCUGUUCUUCUCUGGCUUCGGCUCUGAAGUCAAACCCCUCCCACCUGAGAGAACUGGAUCUCACCUUUAAUCACCCAGGAGAGUCUGGAGUGAAGCUGCUCUCUGAUCUACUGCAGGAUCCACACUUUAAACUGGAGAAACUACAGAUGGAUCAUGGAGGAAAGAUCAGGAUGAACCCAGGACUGAAGAAAUAUGCUGUUGAUCUCACUCUGGAUCCAAACACAAUGAACAGCUUUCUUUCUCUGUCCGAGGGGAAUAGAAAGGUGGAGCGUGUAUUGAAGGCUCAGUUGUAUCCAGAUCAUCCAGACAGAUUUGAGUGCUCUUACCAGGUUCUGAGUGUGGAGAGUUUGACUGAGCGCUGUUACUGGGAGGUUCAGUGGAGUGGAUUUGGAGCUGCUAUAUCAGUAUCAUACAAAGGAAUUAGGAGGAAAGGAGGCAGUGGUCACUGUGAAUUUGGAUACAAUAAACUCUCCUGGAGUCUGGACUGCUCUAAUAACAGAUACUCUGUCUGUCACAAUAAACAGGAAACUGUCCUACCGGCCCCCUCCUCCCCCUGUAACAGAGUAGGAGUGUAUCUGGACCGGGGUUCCGGCACUCUGUCCUUCUACACCAUCUCCCCUAACACACACAUGGUGACCCACCUACACACAUUCAACACCACAUUCACUGAGUCGCUCUACGCUGGAUUUAGAGUUUAUUAUCCUGACUCCUCAAUAAGUCUCUGUGAGAUACGUAUGGAGACUGAUCACUUAUAAAAAAAGUCACGUAGAAAAGUUUUAUCUACUAAAGACAUCUUAAAAGUGCAAUAUAUAUCCCAGGCACAUCCACAGUCAAAUAGACCCCUUAAGACCCCUCAAAAAUAAACAUCAUCUCUAAAACACAGCCCAGUACACCCUCAUCGACACACACCACAGCCCAGUACACCCUCUGAAAGACACACACUACAGCCCAGUACACCCUCUCAACGACACACACUACAGCCCAGUGCACCCUCUCAACAACACACACCACAGCCCAGUACACCCUCUCAUCGACACACACCACAGCCCAGUACACCCUCUCAACAACACACACCACAGCCCAGUACACCCUCUGAAAGACACACACUACAGCCCAGUACACCCUCUCAUCGACACACACCACAGCCCAGUACACCCUCUCAUCAACACACACCACAGCUCAGUACACCCUCUCAUCGACACACACCACAACCCAGUACACCCUCUCAUCAACACACACCACAGCCCAGUACACCCUCUCAUCAACACAUACCACAGCUCAGUACACCCUCUCAUCGACACACACCACAGCCCAGUACACCCCCUCAUCAACACACACCACAGCCCAGUAUACCCCCUCACCAACACACACCACAGCCUAGUAUACCAUCUCAACACACACCACAGCUCAGUACACCCCUCACUAACACACUCCACAACCCAGUAUAACAUCUCAUCAACACACAGCACAGCCCAGUACACCCCUCACCCACAACCCAGUAUACCAUCUCAAUGAGCCCAAAAUGAUUGACAAAACACAUCAAAACGGUGUAUCAAUAAUAUAGCAAUAAUAGUUGCACCAAUGAAGUUGUUGAAUUAGAACAUUAUAUUUCUGGCAUUUGCCAGAUGUUCUUAUCCAGAGCAGCUUAUAAUUUGAUCAAUUCACAGAGGUAGGCAAAGGUAGCAUUUGGAGUUUUUCACAUGGGUGAUAUAGGUUUUAAAUAAAUAUUCAAUUAAUCUACUGAUCAUUUAAAAGCUGCAUUUUUUUUGUUUCCUCAUGUUUAACUUUAUAUUAAAAUUAGUUGGACUGUCAAACAUUUCAUUGUGUCAAAUUAGCAAAAAUGGAAGAAAUCGGUUGAGAGGCAAAUCUUUUUCACAGCACUGGGAGUGGGGUCUAGCUUAAGCUUAGCUAUACGAUUAGCAUGAGAGAUUAACGUUCUAAUGCUCUGUUUGCAUUUGUCUGGUUAGCCUGCUGUUAGUCUUGUCACAGCCUCUCUGCACCCGUGAAUACAAAUAUUGAAUUUUCUUUAUGUUGUCUUUUGUGAUUUGUUUUUGUAUAUUUUACUUCCAUUUACACUUUAAUCACAUUUUUUGUUUAAAUUUGUCAUUUAAGUCAUUUUAAUUUUUUUUGUUUUGGAUUCAAGGUUGGUAAAGUUUGUGUUUAACAAUGGCAGCCUCACAGGUCACAAGUUGUUAACUCUUCUUAAACCAGUGGAUUAAACCAUACAGAAGCUUUA